UGCUCGUGAUCGAAACAGCCGAUUUCACCGGCGACGUGCGAGAGGUUGGGCGGCUCGCGCGCGUUUCUUCUCGAGAAAAAAUAUCUUGCCUCCCUUAUCUGUGUCGAUUCCGACACAGCUGCAGCAAAAUAAUACGCGGCGCUCUUUCACGUCUAAGCUUAGCGCUAGAGUUAUGAAUUAUACGUGAUAUAUCGAUAGGAGAUCCAGACAGAAAAAUCUCAACUAGCGAAUACCCCAGCUAAUCGCUUAAGUGUCUCACGAUCAAUUCGUCAAGAUGGGCAACGGAAACUCCAAAGACAAUAAUGUGCAACGAAACGGCAGGACGUCCCAGAGCAGUAGCCAGCCCGACUGUGGCAAGAGCAAAACGUCAACCAUGUCGAGCUUGGAGCGCGAUCAGCUGGGCCAACGAGGAAGCGGCGACGCGACCUGCGCCGGCCUUCUGCGUGGCCUCGAUCACAUCAGGGACCCGCAGCUGAAUAAGGGUAUGGCGUUCACCAUUGAGGAAAGGCAGAUGCUGGGUAUACAUGGUCUCUUACCGGCAGCCGUGAAAAACCAAGAAGAGCAGUUAGAGCUCUGCCGUCUUAAUCUGGAACGCUACACGGACGAUCUCUCAAAAUACAUAUAUCUCAUAGGCCUACUGGAUAGAAACGAGAAACUCUUCUACCGUUUGUUGGCAGAAGACGUAGGUAAAAUGAUGCCGUUGGUGUACACGCCGACCGUGGGUCUGGCGUGUCAGAAAUUCGGUCUGGUUUAUCGUAGGCCGCGUGGCCUCUUCAUAAGCAUCCACGAUAAGGGGCACGUGUACGACGUCUUGAAAAACUGGCCCGAACACGACGUGCGGGCGAUCGUCGUCACGGACGGCGAGAGGAUAUUGGGAUUGGGUGACCUAGGCGCUCACGGCAUGGGCAUCCCCAUAGGUAAAUUGUCCUUGUACACCGCGUUAGCUGGUAUCAAGCCCCACCAGUGUUUGCCUGUCACUCUGGACGUCGGCACCAAUACCCAGUCUUUGUUGGAUGAUCCUCUGUACAUCGGUCACAGGCACAAACGCGUCACCGGGCAAGUUUACGACGACUUCGUGGACGAGUUCAUGAAGGCUGUCGUGAAGCGAUAUGGUCCGAAUACGUUAAUCCAAUUCGAGGACUUCGGAAAUUUUAAUGCGUUCAGACUGCUUCUAAAGUAUCGCAACAGCUAUUGUACCUUUAACGAUGAUAUUCAAGGCACCGCCUCCGUCGCCGUCGCCGGAUUACUGGCCUCACUUCGCGUUACGCGGACAAAACUCUCGGAGAACACGAUCGUGUUUCAGGGUGCCGGAGAGGCGUCGUUAGGCAUCGCGGCGUUGUGCGUAAUGACAAUGAAAAGCGAAGGGAUAAGCGAGGAAGAGGCUAAAAGCAAAAUCUGGAUGGUAGACUCGAAAGGGUUGAUAAUAAAAGAUCGUCCAAAGGGCGGAUUGACGGAGCAUAAAUUGCACUUUGCUCGCGAGGAUAGGCCGAUCGAUACUCUGUUGGACGUCAUUAGGACCGCUAAACCCUCGGUUCUCAUCGGCGCGGCUGCUGUACGGGGUGCCUUCACGACAGAAAUCCUGAGGGAAAUGGCGCGUAACAAUGAGACACCCGUUAUUUUCGCUCUGAGCAAUCCAACGAGCAUGGCAGAAUGCACUGCCGAGGAGGCGUACAUCGCCACAGAUGGAAGAUGCAUAUUCGCGAGCGGCUCGCCUUUUGCACCAGUCACGUACAACAACAGAACUUACUAUCCUGGCCAGGGUAAUAAUAGUUACAUAUUCCCUGGAAUCGCGCUGGCCGCGAUAUGCACCGGUAUGCGCACGAUCUCCGAAGAGACUUUCCUCAUCGCCGCAAGGGCUCUUUCCGACUUGGUAACGCAGGCCGAUUUGGACAGUGGAAAUCUUUAUCCGCCACUGGCCGACAUACAGAAAUGCUCGUUGAGUAUAGCGUGCGCGAUCAUGAAGUAUGCCUACAGCAACUGUCUAGCGACUGUCUAUCCCGAGCCUACGGAUUACGAGAGUUUUAUCAAGGCCCAACAAUAUGAUCCAUACUAUAAGUCGUCAAUACCUCCAAUUUACUCAUGGCCGAAAUUGUAAUACUUUCAUUAAUUUGACAUCUUAAUUUUAUAUACACAUGAUUAUUUCGGAUCUAUGAAAGAAUAAUAUAUAUAUAUAUAUAUAUGUUUGAGAGGAUUCUUCGGGAAAUGAAUUUUCCUCGCUUUUCGAAAAAGCCUGUUGAUCGGGCUUGUUUUAUUUCUAGCGCCGCGUAUGUGCGAAUAACCAAUAUGCAAAUAUAAAGUUAUUAAAAUUCGCACGAAUGAAUUUGUGUUUAAAUACGAAGGCAUUAUUCACAAGUGUAUAAGCUCGACGUAAGAAUUGAUUUGCUGGUUGAACAAAUAAAUAUCGAUGCUGGUUUGAAA